GAUUGCCAUUGCUGCUCUAAAGAUGUGAUUCCAAGCAUUAAGAGAGUCUUUAAACAGUUGAAGGAGUUUUAUAGUCAGGAUAAAAACCCGCCUGAAAAUUGGGACAAUAAGCAGUAUGCAUUGUUUGGUGAGUUUAUUUUAUUAUUAUCUGCCACUCUCAUUACAUGUAUUUUGCACUUUUUUAAAAUCGUUGCUUUAUUUGAUAUUAAUUGUCUCAUCAGUGUGGUUUGGUGGACUUAUUAUUGUAAUUUUACUGUAGGACACGUUCAAUUUUUUUUGUCCUUCUUUAACCACAAUGGUAAUAAACCAGACAAGUGUUUUGUACAAACUGUACCUUAAUACUUCCUUUGAUAAAAACUUCUCCAUUUGUGUCCCAUGUGAUUAAAAUCAAGUAGCAUGCAAAGUGAUUCAAGUCUCUUGAGCUAAAGUAGGGUGUUUUAACUUACUUUUGAGUGGUGCUUUACCCAUUUUAAAGGGGAAAAGGAAUACAUGUAGUUUUACAUCUUUAUUGAUAAUUAUUGUUACAUGUAGUACUCCUUACUAGUACGUAUCAAGUCAAAAGGUUCUAUUCACAUCCUCUCCUUAUGUAGAUCCAUUUUUGGGCCUAAAGGAUGCUACACCAACAAUUUACUUCAGCGUUGUAGUGGACAAGCUAUUGACCCACCAACUUCAGGUUAGUUUGUUUUUGAAUUUUAGUCAAUUUUUUUAAAUAGUUCUUAAGCUUUUGGGCACUUGUCACUUAUUAAGUACAAUGCCUAUUUGGUUUUUAUCAACUAAGCCUUCUGCUCAACAUCAAUGUGUUUCUACAGUCAGUGUGACAUAAACAGUUAACUAUGCUUUGGGAUAAUUAAUUAUUACUCAGGGUUGUCAUUAAGAGCCGAGGGCUAGGGAUUUUCCCCGGCUACUAAGAGAGUGGCCCCUGGCUACUUUUAUUGGAAAAUAGAAGAAAAAUAGAACCAAAAGAAAUCCCUAGCCAUUUGAUUCCCCGCCUACUUGUUGUAUUUACCUGGCAACUUGAAAUCUUAGUGACUACUCUGUUACUAGUACAGUACUGCUCAAAAGUAAGUUACCGGUCAUGUCUCAUUUGCUGUAUGAUGGGAAUCGCAUCACACACUAGACGACUCUUGUCGCGGGAUGAGAAUCGCAUAGCACGAGAAUCAUCAAAACCCGGAAAUUUGAUCUCCCACAACUGCGUCACUAGUGGAGGUGGGUGCCAGGAUGUCAAGGGGCUUCCAGCUAUGGCACAGCCAGCCCAUAGACAGAGUUACAAUGUACGCCUUCAUGGCCGGCAAACUCGUGCCCUCCAGCCUUGAGCCCCUAUGCCAAUGGAACCAGACACCUGUCACAAUGAUUUAUCAGUGGAAGAAUAAAGGGGGGAGGGAUGUGGGUAAAAGAAUUAUCCAAAGGCUAAACGAAGAGAGUGGCCGCCAGGAAAACGCUGUACUGAGCACAUGGAGGUGAUGCAAGCAAGGCUGACCAUGCUUGAGCCAAACGACUGAUCGUCAGUGUUCCUUGUUAUUAACUUUGUUAAAUAAAUAUUUUAUUUAACUUCAUAAUACUAUAGACUAUUUGAUUGCGUAGUUUUCUUAAUGGGCGUUCGCUACAUGAAACACUUUGACUGACAGAAGAAGAUUUCCUUUAUAUUUUUUUCACACGGAGGUGAAACAGCAACUACAGUGUAUAAUGUCGGUGAGAUUGGAAAUGGAAACUAUGGCAGAGAAUGCCGCAUCACUUAAUUUGCAUGAAAGUGAAAGGGUGACAUUUGAAACCCGAUUAAGAUGCUUGUAGAACAGAUGUCUCUUGUGUGCAACAUUUAUGUUACAUGUAUAACCCUGAAUAAAAUAACUUGUUUGCUAAUUACUCUAAAAAUUUAAUCUUUUUUUUUCUAUACCCAGUAUUGUUCAAAGUGGAAUGGAGAAGAGCAGCUUAAAGAAGUGUUAGCUGGACUUGAUAAGCAUGUAAAUUCUCCAGUCAUUGCUAAUAAGAUAAGGUGACUGUCAGUAACUACCGGUAAACAAUGUAUAAAAAAUGUUACAUCAAUGAUCAUUGAUUGUCUUACAAUGUAGUACCACAAGGACCUGUCUGAACAUGCUCUGAUUUUUAAGGUCCCACGUCUACUCUGUAGGGCUUUUCUGUGAGUGAGUGAGAAAAUUCAUGGGAAGGACCUUACAGUAAACGGCGGUAUUUUUUAUCCCCAGAGUAUACAAGGCUGUGCUCUAACGAAAAUUGAAGGGAGCCGAGUGCUCUGAACCUGUAAAAUCCAGGGUGCCCAGCGUAUGAUUUGUAUGAAAAAUCUGAGAUUUUCUUGUCGCCUGAGAGCAAAAGUUAGGUGCCAGGGGCCACCGGGCUCUGCUAGAACACAGCCCUGGUAUGUAUAUCAUUUAUACCCAAAUGAUUAUCGUUAAUUUGUGAUUGAAAACAUUUUUAUUAUUUCCACCUAAAACAGUUAUGACAAAGAUACUGAAAUCUCAGAAAGACUACAUCACCUUGCUGAUGAUUUACCAGAUCAUGGUAUGGUGCAGUAUUUUUUAUUAAUUUUUCAUUAAUUUGAUGAUUUUUAUCUACGGAAAAUAUUUUCAGUGAUUCUUGUCACUAGCCUGUCUUAAUCAUUAACUUUGUUAACUUGCAUUGUAGCUGGUGUUCCUGUUGAUGUUCUAUGGUUCUCGUGUGGGAAAAACAGUUUGCCAAUCAGGUGUGUAGAGCUUGUUGUUGCAGUAAUUUAUCACACGUAACUUAUAAACAGUCAUUAUUAUUCAUUCAAAAUAUUUCUCCAUUUCUGAUUGGCUAAAAUCCCGCGCGUACAAUGUAAUUCAUCAUAACUAGCUAUUGUCAACCAAAUUUGGAAGAAUUUUGCGAUAUGUGAAAAAUGAUGUCAAUUGUGCAGCAAAUUGCCAGAUUAUUGAACUGUUAACUGAGAAGACCUGCGGACAAGGUUGAGUUGUUUAACUGGUAGUGGGUAAAAAAAUGGCAGAACAUUUCACUUGUUUGACAAGGAAUGAACAGGUGAACUGUUUGCUAAAAACUAUAGCAGUUCAUUCAAUAAUUGUUAAUUAUCUUCAAACCAAAGGGUGUUGUAUACAGAAAAGGUAUAACAAGGGCAGUUUUGUUAUCAAAUAUUGAUCAUUUUCUGUGUUAGAAUCAAGAAGGGAACUGGACUGAGUUAACUUUCACAAAGACUUCUGGCACUGUUACUUGGGACAGGGAGAAAAAUUGGCCAAUACAUGUUGCUGACGGGCUUGUUCCCUGUAGUCAUCUCAGAAACAGAUGUGGGGCGCAUUUCAGCUGCAGAACUUUCUCUUCUCGAUUCUGAAGUGCCAAUACUCUACAUUGUACUUUCAGUAACUGUGUGAUGAAUCCUCCAUCUUAUUUGACCUCAUUAGCCUAAUCAUGUUUUACUACACUGUUACUGGGAACUACAUGUACUGUCUAUUGAUAUUGAAAAGACUCAGACAGUUCCAAGCAAGGUACAUAGUAACCGGCUGAUAUAAUUAUUAUAAUACAUACAGUACUAAUAGACUGAGUGUAUAAUAAUUAUUAUUAAAAACUGAAUCAUUUGAUAAUGCAAUUCUAGCAUUUUGAUUGGCUUAGCCAUUAUGGUAUAUGAGCUAUUAUACCAUGCUCUCCAUGGUUGGUGUACGCGUCAGUUUAAAAUUGGAAGCUAGCUGAGAUUUUUUUUCUGGAAGGAUAGAACGGCGCCAGAAGCAAAUCAUGUUAAUUCAUUUCUUAGAAUACUAGAAAUGCAAUUUCAUCGAAAGAAAAAAGACAAAAACAAGCAAAAAAGCCACAAGAGCUUGUUUGAAAGUUUGUCGAAAAACACAUGAAAAUACAUCGAACUAAAGUACCUUGAGCAGCUACGAAAGAAGACAAGUGUUUUCUUCAUGAUAACAAAGCCAUUUGCCAAUCAAGUCACUCGCUGAUAGAUAACUGCGGCUUGUUUAUCUGACAUCAAGAAUAUAAAUCACAAGCAACCAGCUACAAAUACAGGCUAUGCAGUCAUUCACUAGAGCAAUCGAGGCGGCAGUAUAGCUUCUUUUUUUGUUCAGCAAAGCCAGCUUGUGGCUUAAAACAACUUCAUAACAAGUGACUGAGGUAAUAGUUUUUCUCCGUUGUUCUUACUUUUGUAUCUGCACCAAAAAUCCAAAUUCACAGUAAUUUCGACGGCUGUCACUUAAAAAUUCUUUUCCUUCACAUUAGGUUUUUUUAGCUGUCCUGCUGUGUAAAAUCCUAGAAUUCCGAUGAGUUUUUAAAAAUGUUCAUCACUGCAAUGUUUUGAUUUUUCAUUCAUGCAGUCCGGGCGAGUUUGUUCGCGCGUUGACAGUUUUGAUAGAUGUGUGACAUGUGAAUAGUGGAAGUCCCUUGUCUUUUCCGGUUUGUUCUAACAAAAAUUAAUUAUUAAAGUCGGAGAGAUUCAACAAGAUUUUGUGGGCGUUUUUAAUAAAACAAUUAUUCCACUUGCGCUUGUUGGAUAUGAGAUGAUUAUAGCCAACUCGGCGCUAUGUGCCUCAUUGGCUAUCUAUCAUCUCAUAUCCAACGCGCCCUCGUGGAAUAAUUGUUAACUAUACACUCAGUCUGUUAGUACUAUAUGAGAAUUUUUAAUACACUGUACCAUUAACACAUUGUAAAUAAGUGAUACUCUAUAUUGUAUUAGCAACAGUUGAUUGAUUUACAUUGUAGGUCCCACUUGCAUCUGUUUGGUGCCUUUAAGAGACUGCAGGAAUGGAAUAAUGCUAAUAUUACUGUUCUUUGUAGUGAUGAUUUUGAUAGGCAAGUACCCAAUUGGGGCCAUGAGUUGUUGAUUUAUAAGGAGUGUGAAGCAACAAGCGCUCAUAAUGUGGGUGGCAGAAUCAGUUAUCCUCUAGCGGUAAAAACAACCUAAAAGGCUCUGAAGAACCUGUUUAACAACUGUUGAACAGAUGUGUAUCUUGAUUGAAUUUGAAUUUUCGAACUGUACAGUUUAAAAAUUAGUUAGACUCUUGACUCAUAAGAGGCUGAUAACUUAUUAAUAAUUACAGGGUGUCCCAAAAGUUCGUUCCUCUAAUUUCGUACACUGUAACUUUUCAUCAAAACUUUUUAUUUUUACUUGAAAUUUCUAGAACGUGUUUAUUUCACUAUCGAGUACAUGUAUUCAGAAUUUCAGUAACUGGCAUACCCAUUUUGUUUUAUUAUCGCAUUCUGUAGCCGUUGCGGCUUGAAGUGGGAUACAGCGUGUAGACUCACAGAUGAUCCAUUUUGAGCUUUUUUAUCACCUGGUGUGCAGGAGCCAGUUCAGCCCCCAAACAAUAUUUGUUUACUUAAGGCAGCUGAAAAAAAUAUAUAUAUUGGACAUUCAUCCAAAAAAGAUAAUCAUCCCUUCCAAAGCAAGGCUUUUGUGCUUCUUUACAAAUUUGAGACGAGCUGGGCGUUACUUGGCAGACUAUUAAAGCAGAGUUUUUUUUUUGGCCAUCUAACGGGCCUGUAAUGUUUUAAACAUUUUUAACCCUUAAUUUUCUCCUAACAGUAUCCAUUCACUGUCAAGAGAUAAAGUUAUGAGAAUUAAUAAAAUGAUCAUCAUAGAGAAAAUUCUGUGAUCUUUUAUCAAAUUCUCUCAACUAAUUCUUAAAGAGAUGUAUGGAGAUCAGUUUGGAGAAUUUGUAUGUGGAUAUUGGGGCUUAAAGGGUUAACAGCUUUUCAUGACCCUUUCUGGGCUUGGCGUGCUAACCAUGUGAGAGUUUCCUCAUGGAGAUGUCUCCUUUUUUGCAUUUAGCCUUCUUUAAAACUAUUUUACCUGCUUUAUUCAGGACUUUUGGUCUUCCCUCUCGUUUCUGGCCUUCAAAACCUUCAUUUCUUCGUGAUCAUUUUACCACCCAACAUUCGGAUUUUUCCAUUUUUUUGUCACUUCCUAUAACAGAUAAGCCAGUAAAUCGAAAUAUACAUGCUUAUGCUCUCACAUGGCUGAAUGUUUUUGCGUUAAGGGCGUUUAUCUUUCUUGAUAUUCACAAAAAAAAUGGAAGGAGUGAGAGCAAUUCGGGCCAUAAAAUACAAAAAAAAAAGGCUGGAAAGUAUACUCGCGCAUGCGCACCUUUGGUGCGGAAGAACACAAAUCCAAUAUUCGAGUCAAAAGAUGGCGCUACAAGUACGCAAAUAGUGAAUUAGAUUGAAAGACACAACUUUUGUGUAAAUGAUUUGCUUACCAAGUCCAAUCGUACUGAAAUACAGACUUAUAAAAUAGAGGAACGAACUUUUGGGACACCCUGUAUACCUGUACCCACGUCGUGGAUUGAAGUGUAUCAAAGCAGGGAUGGACCAAUUGGAAAAACUUAACCCAGUCAUGUACAGGAUACGGGUUAUAAAUAUACUGGGAUUAGACUGUGAAUGGAACUUGGGCCAUACUGUUGGGACAAAAGUGCUGCACCCCUAGGGUUCAAUAUACUACACUUGCUAAUAGGCUGGCAUUUCUUAAGAGGAUAGCCUAGUACAUGUAUAUUUUGUUUCCCCCCAAAAAAGAGGUAAUACAGGAAACUGAUUUCAAUUUUGUUUUUGUAUUAUUUUAUUAAUAGAGAAACCUUUUCAAAAACCUGGCAGAAAGUUUUGAGCAUAUCAGUGAUGCAGCUCCACAAAAAGAAUCCAGAUUCACUGGUCAAGCUGCUUGAUCCCUCUGUUGUUUGGCAAGGCUCUUUGGUUAUCAGUGAGGUACAUUUAAAUUAAGGGGGAUUUAAUUUUUUCUUAGUCUGUGCACCAAAUGGUAUGGGGUAACCAUGCAAAGAAACCUCUUCAGCUGUUCUAUCAUGUGAUACUAUUUAUUAUUUUAGUAUACAGUUCCAAUUUUUUAAUUUGUGGAAGACGUCCUAUGGUUUUACAAAAACGUUCUAUUCAUAAUGUGGGUCUCACUCCUAGACAUCCCUUGUGAUCCUUAGUCAUCUCAGUCAUCGCUAGUCAUCCCUAGUCAUCCCCAGUCAUCUUAAGUCGUCCUAUUUGUCCCUAGUUAUCCGUAGUCAUCCCAGUAGUCUUAGUCAUCCUAAGUCAUCCCUAGUCAUCCUACUCGUCCUUAGUCAUCCCAAGUCAUCCCUAGUCAUCCCAGUCAUCCCUAGUCAUCCCUAGUCAUCCCAGUCAUCCCUAGUCAUCCCUAGUUAGCUUAGUGAUCCCUAGUCAUUCCUAGUCAUUCCUAGUCAUCCCUAGUCAUCCCACUCAUCCUUGGUCAUCCCUAGUCAUCCCUGUUAUCCCUAGUCAUCCCUAGUCAUCCCAGUCAUCCCUAGUCAUCCCAAGUCAACCUAGUCAUCCCUAGUCACCCUAGUCAUCCCAGUUAUCCCAGUCAUCGCUCGUCAUCCUUAGUCAUCGCUAGUCAUCCCUGUCGUCUAAGUUAUCCCUAGUCAUCCCUAGUCAUCCCAGUCAUCCCUAGUCAUCCUAGUCAUCCCUAGUCAUCCCUAUUCAUCGUUAGUCAACUCAGCUGUCCCUAGUCAUCCUUGGUCAUCCCAGUCAUCCCUAGUCAUCCCUAGUCUUCCCUAGUCAUCCCAGUCGUCUUAGUUAUCCCUAGUCAUCCCUAGUCAUCCCAGUCAUCCUUAGUCAUCCCUAGUCACCCCUAGUCAUCUUAGUCAUCCCUAGUCAUCCGUAGUCAUCCUUAGUCACCCCUAGUCAUCCCAGUCAUACCUAGUCAUCCUUAGUCAUCCCAGUCAUCCCUAGUUAUCCCUGGUCAUCCGUAGUCAUCCCCAGUCAUCCUUAGUCAUCCUAUUCCUCCCUAUUCCUCCCUAGUCAUCCUGGUCGUCUUAGUCAUCCCUAGUCAUCCCUAGUCAUCCCACUCGUCCUUACUCCUCCCUAGUCAUCCCUAGUCAUCCCAGUCAUCCCUAGUCAUCCCUAGUCAUCCCAGUCAACCCUAGUCAUCCCUAGUCAUCCCUAGUCAUCCCAGUCAUCCCUAGUCAUCCCUACUCAUCCCUAGUCAUCCCUAGUCAUCCCAUUCAUCCAUAGUCAUCCCUAGUCAUCCCUAGUCACCCUAGUCAUCCCUACUCAGCCUAGUCAUCCCUAGUCAUCCUUAGUCAUCCCUAGUCAUCCUUAGUCAUCCCAGUCAUCCCUAGUCAUCCCUGGUCAUCCCUAGUCAUCCCAGUGAUCCCUAGUCAUCCCUAGUCAUCCCAGUCAUCCCUAGUCAUCUUUAGUCAUUCCUAGUCAUCCCAGUCGUCCCUAGUCAUUCCUUGCCAUCCCAGUCAUCUUUAGUCAUCCCUAGUCAUCCCAGUCAUCCCUAGUCAUUCCUAGUCAGCCUAGUCAUCCCUAGUCAUCCCAGUCAUCCCUAGUCAUCCUUAGUCAUCCUUAGUCAUCCCUUGUCAUCCCGGGUCAUCCCUAGGCAUCCCUGGUCAUCCCAGUCAUCGCUACUUAUCCUUAGUCAUCGAUAGUCAUCCCAAGUCAUCCGUAGUCAUCCCAGUCAUCCGUAGUCAUCCCAGUCAUCCCUAGUCAUCCCUAGUCAUGCCAGUCAACCCUUGUGAUCUUUUGUCAUCCCUAGUCAUCCUAGUCAUCCCUAGUCAUCCCUUGUCAACUUAGCCAUCCCUAGUCACUCCUAGUCAUCCCUAGUCAUCACAGUCAUCCCUAGUCAUUCUAGGCAUCCCUUGUCAUCCCUAGUCAACUCAGCCAUCCCUAGUCAUCCCUAGUCAUCCCUAGUCAUCUCAGUCAUCCCUAGUCAUCCCUAGUCAUCCCAGUCGUCUUAGUUAUCCCUACUCAUCUUUAGUCAUCCCAGUCAUCCUUAGUCAUUCCUAGUCACCCCUAGUGAUCUUAGUCAUCCCUAGUCAUCCGUAGUGAUCCUUAGUAAUCCGUAGUCAUCCCAAUCAUCCCUUGUCAUCCUUAGUCAUCCCAGUCAUCGCUAGUCAUGCCUAGUCAUCCCCAGUCAUCUUUAGUCAUGCUAUUUGUCCCUAGUCAUCCCUAGUCAUCCCUAGUCUUCCCAGUCAUCCCUAGUCAUCCCAGUCGUCUUAGUCAUCCUCAGUCAUUCCUAGUUAUCCCACUCGUCCUUAGUCAUCCCUAGUCAUCCCUAGUCAUCCCAGUCAUCCCUAGUCAUCCCUAGUCAUGCCAGUCAACCUUAGACAUCCCUAGUCAUCCCUAGUCAUCCCUAGUCAGCUUAGUGAUCCCUAGUCAUUCCUAGUCAUUCCUAGUCAUCCCUAGUCAUCCCAGUCAUCCUUGGUCAUCCCUUGUCAUCCCAGUCAUCCCUGGUCAUCCCUAGUCAUCCCAGUUAUCCCUAGUCAUCCGAAGUCAGCCUAGUCAUCCCUAGUGACCCUAGUCAUUCCAGUCAUCCCAGUCAUCCCUAGUCAUCCUUGGUCAUUGCUAGUCAUCCCUGUCGUCUUAGUUAUUCCUAGUCAUCCCUAGUCAUCCCAGUCAUCCCUAGUCAUCCUAGUCAUCUCUAGUCAUCCCUAGUCAUCGUUAGUCAACUCAGCCGUCGCUAGUCAUCUUAGUCAUCGGUAGUCAUCCGUAGUCAUCCUUAGUCACCCCUAGUAAUCCCAGUCAUCCCUAAUCCCAGUCAUCCCUAGUUCAUCCCAGUCAUCCCUAGUCAUCCCCAGUCAUCCUUAGUCAUCCUAUUCCUCCCUAGUCAUCCCUAGUCAUCCCGGUCGUCUUAGUCAUCCCUAGUCAUCCCUAGUCAUCCCACUCGUCCUUACUCCUCCCUAGUCAUCCCUAGUCAUCCCAGUCAUCCAUUGUCAUCCCUAGUCAUCCCAGUCAUCCGUAGUCACCCUAGUCAUCCCUAGUCAGCCUAGUCCUCCCUAGUCAUCCUUAGUCAUCCUUAGUCAUCCCAGUCAACCCUAGUCAUCCCUACUCAUUCCUAGUCAUCCUAGUCAUCCCUAGUCAUCCCUAGUCAUCCCUAGUCAUCCCUGGUCAUCCCAGUCAUCCCUAGUCAUCCCUAGUCAUCCCAGUCAUCCCUAGUCAUCCCAGUCGUCUUAGUUAUCCUCAGUCAUCCCUAGUUAUCCCACUCGUCCUUAGUCAUCCCUAGUCAUCCCUAGUCAUCCCAGUCAUCCCUAGUCAUCCCUAGUCAUGCCAGUCAACCUUAGACAUCCCUAGUGAUCCCUAGUCAUCCCUAGUCAUCCCUAGUCAGCAUAGUGAUCCCUAGUCAUUCCUAGUCAUUCUUAGUCAUCCCUAGUCAUCCCAGUCAUCCUUGGUCAUCCCUAAUCAUUUCAGUCAUCUCUAGUCAUCCCAGUCAUCCCUGGUCAUCCCUAGUCAUCCCAGUCAUCCCUAGUCAUCCGAAGUCAGCCUAGUCAUCCCUAGUCACCCUAGUCAUUCCAGUCAUCCCAGUCAUCCCUAGUCAUCCUUGGUCAUCCCUCUUAGUCAUCCCUGUCAUCCCUUGGUCAUCCCUAGUCAUUCCUAGUCAUCCUAGUCAUCCCAGUCAUCCCUAGUCAUCCUAGUCAUCCUAGUCAUCCCUAGUCAUCCUUAGUCAUCGUUAGUCAACCCAGCUGUCCCUAGUCAUCUUAGUCAUCCCUAGUCAUCCCUAGUCAUCCUUAGUCAUCCCUAGUCAUCCUGCGUCCCAGUCAUCCCUAGUUAUCCCUGGUCAUCCCCAGUCAUCCCCAGUCAUCCUUAGUCAUCCUAUUCCUCCCUAGUCAUCCCUAGUCAUCCCGGUCGUCCCAGUCAUCCCUAGUCAUCCCUAGUCAUCCCACUCAUCCUUACUCCUCCCUAGACAUCCCUAGUCAUCCCGGUCGUCAUCCCUUAGUCAUCCCAGUCAUCCCAGUCAACCCUAGUCAUCCCUUAGUCAUCCCAGUCAUCCUUAGUCAUCCCAGUCAUCCCUAGUCCUCCCUGUCAGCCUUGUCAUCCCUAGUCAUUCCUUAUUAUCCUUAGUCAUCCCAGUCAUCCCUACUCAACCCUAGUCAUCCCUAGUCAUCCCAUUCAUCCAUAGUCAUCCCUAGUCAUCCCUUGUCAACUCAGCCAUCCCUAGUCAUUCCUUGUCAUCCCUAGUCAUCCCUAGUCAUCCCAGUAAUCCCUAGUCAUCCGAGUCAUCCGAAGACAUCCCUAGUCAUCCUUAGUCAACUCAGCUAUCCCUAGUCAUCCCUACUCAUCCCCAGUCAUCCCUAGUCAUCCCUAGUUAUCCCAGUCGUCCCUAGUCCCCUAGUCAUCCCUAGUCAUCCCUGUCAUCCUAGUCAUCCCUAGUCACCCCUAGUCAUCCCAGUAAUCCCUAGUCAUCCGUAGUCAUCCUUAGUCACCCCUAGUCAUCCCAGUCAUCCCUAGUCAUCCCUAAUCAUCCCAGUCAUCCCUAGUCAUCCCUAGUCAUCCCUAGUCAUCCCGGUCGUCUUAGUUAUCCCUAGUCAUCCCACUCAUCCUUAGUCAUCCCUAGUCAUCCCUAGUCAUCCCAGUCAUCCCUAGUCAUCCCUAGUCAUCCCAGUCAACCCUAGUCAUCCCUAGUCAUCCCUAAUCAUCCCAGUCAUCCCUAGUCAUCCCUAUUCAUCCCUAGUCAGCCUUGUUUUCCCUAGUCAUUCCUGAUCAUCCUUAGUCAUCCCAGUCAUCCCUACUCAUCCCUAGUCAUCCCUAGUCAUCCCUAGUCAUCCCAGUCAUCCCAGUCAUCCCUAGUCAUCCCUAGUCAUGCCAGUUGUCUUAGUCAUCCCUAGUCAUCCCUAGUCAUCCUAGUCAUCCUUGGUCAUCCCUAGUCAUCCCAGUCAUCCCUAGUCAUCCCUAGUCAUCCCUAGUCAUCCCAGUCAUCCCUAGUCAUCCCUAGUCCCUAUCACCCUAGUCAUCCCUAGUCAUCCCAGUCAUCCCUAGUCAUCCUUAGUCAUCCUAGUCAUCCUUAGUCAUCCCUAGUCAUCCCUUGUCAUCCCUGGUCAUCCCAGUCAUCCCUAGUCAUCCUUGGUCAUCCCUAGUCAUCCCUAGUCAUCCCUCCCAGUCAUCCCUAGUCAUCCUAGUCAUCCUAUCAUCCCUAGUCAUCCCUAGUCAUCCCUAGUCAUCCCAGUCAUCCCUACUCAUCCCUAGUCAUCCCUAGUCAUCCCAGUCAUCCAUAGUCAUCCCAGUCAUCCCUAGUCAUCCUAGUCAUCCCUAGUCAUCCCUAGUCAUCCUUAGUCAACUCAGCCAUCCCUAGUCAUCCCUAGUCAUCCCUAGUCAUCCGUAGUUAUCCCAGUCGUCUUAGUUAUCCCUAGUCAUCCCUAGUCAUCCCAGUCAUCCGUAGUCAUCCCUAGUGAUCCUUAGUCAUCGCUAGUCAUUCCUAGUCAACUUAGCCAUCCCUAGUCAUUCCUUGUCAUCCCUAGUCAUCCCAGUUAUCCCUAGUCAUCCUAGUCAUCCCUAGUCAUCCCUAGUCAUCCUUAGUCAACUCAGCCAUCCCUAGUUAUCCCUUGUCAUCCCUACUUAUCCCAGUCGUCUUAGUUAUCCCUAGUCAUCCCUAGUAAUCCCUGUCAUCCUUAGUCAUCCCUAGUUACCCCUAGUCAUCUUAGUCAUCCUUAGUCCUCCCUAGUCAUCCUUAGUCACCCCUAGUCAUCCCAGUCAUCCCUAGUCAUCCUUAGUCAUCCCAGUCAUCCCUAGUUAUCCCUGGUCAUCCCUAGUCAUCCCCAGUCAUCCUUAGUCAUCCUUCGUCAUCCCCUGGUCAUCCUUAGUCAUCCCUAGUCAUCCCCAGUCAUCCUUAGUCAUCCCUAGUCAUCCCUAGUCAUCCCAGUCAUCCCUAGUCAUCCUUUGUCAUCCCAGUCAUCCCAGUCAUCCCUGGUCAUCCCAAGUCAUCCUAGUCAUCCCUAGUCCCUAGUCAUCCCUAGUCAUCCCAGUCAUCCCAGUCAUCCUAGUCAUCCCUAGUCAUCCCUAGUCAUCCUAGUCAUCCCAGUCAUCCCAGUCAUCCCUAGUCAUCCCUAGUCAUCCCUAGUGAUCCCUAGUCAUCCCCAGUGAUCCUUAGUCAUCUUACUCAUCCCUAGUCAUGCCUAGUCAUCCCUAGUCAUCCCUAGUCUUCCCAGUCAUCCCUAGUCAUCCCUAGUCAUCCCUAGUCAUCCCUAGUCAUCCCUAGUCAUCCCAGUCAUCCCUAGUUAUCCCUAGUCAUCCCUAGUCAUCCCUAGUCAUCCCUAGUCAUCCCUAGUCAUCCCUUGUCAUCCCAGUGUUCCUCAGUCAUCCCUAGUCAUCCCUACUCAUCCCAGUUAUCCCUAGUCAUCGCUAGUCAUCCCUAGUGUCCCAGUCAUCCCUAGUCAUCCCUAGUCAUCCUUAGUCAUCCCUAGUCACCCCAGUCAUCCUUAUUUAUCCCUAUUCAUCCCAGUCAUCCUUAGUCAUCCCUGGUCAUCCCUAGUCAUCCCCAGUCAUCCUUAGUCAUCCCUAUUGGUCCCAGUCAUCCUUAGUCAUCCCUAGUCAUCCUAGUCAUCCCUAGUCAUCCUUAGUCGUCCUCCCUAGUCUUCCCUAGUCAUCCCAGUCAUCCAUAGUCAUCCCUAGCCAUCCCAGUCGUCUUAGUAAUCCCUAGUCAUCCCUAGUCAUCCCUAGUCAUCCCUAGUGAUCCCAGUCAUCUUUAGUCAUCCCUAGUCAUCCCUGGUCAUCCCUAGUCAUCCCAGUAUUCCCUAGUCAUCCCUAGUCAUGCCAGUCAACCUUAGACAUCCCUAGUGAUCCCUAGUCAUCCCUAGUCAUCCCUAGUCAGCAUAGCGAUCCCUAGUCAUUCCUAGUCAUUCUUAGUCAUCCCUAGUCAUCCCAGUCAUCCUUGGUCAUCCCUAAUCAUCUCAGUCAUCUCUAGUCAUCCCAGUCAUCCCUGGUCAUCCUUAGUCAUCCCAGUCAUCCCUAGUCAUCCGAAGUCAGCCUAGUCAUCCCUAGUCACCCUAGUCAUUCCAGUCAUCCCAGUCAUCCCCAGUCAUCCUUGGUCAUCGCUAGUCAUCCCUGUCGUCUUAGUUAUUCCUAGUCAUGCCUAGUCAUCCCAGUCAUCCCUAGUCAUCCUAGUCAUCUCUAGUCAUCCCUAGUCAUCGUUAGUCAACUCAGCCGUCACUAGUCAUCUUAGUCAUCCGUAGUCAUCCGUAGUCAUCCUUAGUCACCCCUAGUAAUCCCAGUCAUCCCUAGUUAUCCCUGGUCAUCCCUAGUCAUCCCCAGUCAUCCUUAGUCAUCCUAUUCCUCCCUAGUCAUCCCUAGUCAUCCCCGUCGUCUUAGUCAUCCCUAGUCAUCCCUAGUCAUCCCACUCGUCCUUACUCCUCCCUAGUCAUCCCUAGUCAUCCCAGUCAUCCAUUGUCAUCCCUAGUCAUCCCAGUCAACCCUAGUCAUCCCUAGUCAUCCCAGUCAUCCUUAGUCAUCCCUAGUCAUCCCUAGUCAGCCUUGUCAUCCCUAGUCAUUCCUUAUCAUCCUUAGUCAUCCCUAGUCAUCCCAGUCAUCCCUAGUCAUCCCUAGUCAUCCCAUUCAUCCAUAGUCAUCCCUAGUCAUCCCUUGUCAACUCAGCCAUCCCUAGUCAUUCCUUGUCAUCCCUAGUCAUCCCUAGUCAUCCCAGUCAUCCCUAGUCAUCCUAGUCAUCCGUAGUCAUCCCUAGUCAUCCUUAGUCAACUCAGCUAUUCCUAGUCAUCCCUACUCAUCCCUAGUCAUCCCUAGUCAUCCCUAGUUAUCCCAGUCGUCUUAGUUAUCCCUAGUCAUCCCUAGUCAUCCCUGUCAUCCUUAGUCAUCCCUACUCAACCCUAGUCAUCUUAGUCAUCCCUAGUCAUCCUUAGUCAUCCUUAGUCACCCCUAGUCAUCCCAGUCAUCCUUAGUUAUCCUUAAUCAUCCCAGUCACCCCUAGUUAUCCCUGGUCAUCCCUAGUCAUCCCUAGUGAUAUCGGUCGUCUUAGUCAUCCCUAGUAAUCUUACUCAUCCUUAGUCAUCCCUAGUCAUCCCUAGUCAUCCUAGUCAUCCCUAGUCAUCCCUAGUCAUCCCAGUCAACCCUAGUCAUCUCUACUCAUCCCUAGUCAUCCUAGUCAUCCCUGGUCAUCCCUAGUCAUCCCUAGUCAGCCUUGUCAUCCCUAGUCAUUCCUGAUCAUCCCUAGUCAUCCCAGUCAUCCCUAGUCAUCCCUAGUCAUCCCAGUCAUCCCUAGUCAUCUCAGUCAUCCCUAGUCAUCCCUAGUCAUCCCUAGUCAUCCCAGUCGUCUUAGUUAUCGCUAGUCAUCCCUAGUCAUUCCUAAUCAUCCCUAGUCAUCCCUAGUCAUCCCAGUCAUCCCUACUCAACCCUAGUCAUCCCUAGUCAUCCCAUUCAUCCAUAGUCAUCCCUAGUCAUCCCUAGUCACCCUAGUCAUCCCUAGUCAGCCUAGUCAUCUCUAGUCAUCCUUAGUCAUCCCUAGUCAUCCUUAGUCAUCCGAGUCAUCCCUAGUCAUCCCUGGUCAUCCCAGUCAUCCCUAGUCAUCCCUGGUCAUCCCUAGUCAUCGGAGUCAUCCCUAGUCAUCCCUAGUCAUCCCAGUCAUCCCUAGUCAUCCUUAGUCAUCCCUAGUCAUCCUAGUCAUCCCUAGUCAUCCCUAGUCAUCCCUAGUCAACUCAGCCAUCCCUAGUCAUUCCUAGUCAUCCCUAGUCAUCCUUAGUCAUCCCAGUCAUCCCUAGUCAUCCUAGUCAUCCCUAGUCAUCCCUAGUCAUCUUUAGUCAACUCAGCGAUCCCUAGUCAUCCCUAGUCAUCCCUAGUCAUCCCUAGUUAUCCCAGUCGUCUUAGUUAUCCCUAGUCAUCCCUGGUCAUCCCUAGUCAUCCCUAGUCAUCCCAGUCAUCCGUAGUCAUCCCUAGUGAUCCCUAGUCAUCGCUAGUCAUUCCUAGUCAACUUACCCAUCCCUAGUCAUUUCCUGUCAUCCCUAGUCAUCCCUAGUCAUCCCAGUUAUCCCUUGUCAUCCUAGUCAUCCCUAGUCAUUCCUAGUCAUCCUUAGUCAACUCAGCCAUCCCUAGUCAUCCCUAGUCAUCCCUAGUCACCCCUAGUCAUCAUAGUCAUCCUUAGUCAUCCCUAGUCAUCCUUAGUCACCCCUAGUCAUCCCAGUCAUCCCUAGUCAUCCUAGUCAUCCCUAGUCAUUCCUAGUCAUCCUUAGUCAACUCAGCCAUCCCUAGUCAUCCCUAGUCAUCCCUAGUCAUCUUAGUCAUCCUUAGUCAUCCCUAGUCAUCCUUAGUCACCCCUAGUCAUCCCAGUCAUCCCUAGUCAUCCUUAGUCAUCCCAGUCAUCCCUAGUUAUCCCUGGUCAUCCUUAGUCAUCCCCAGUCAUCCUUAGUCAUCUUAUUCGUUCCUGGUCAUCCCUAGUCAUCCCUAGUCAUCCCAGUCAUCCCUAGUCAUCCCUAGUCAUCCCAGUCAUCCCUAGUCAUCCCUUGUCAUCCCUAGUCAUCCCAGUCAUCCCUGGUCAUCCCAAGUCAGCCCAGUCAUCCCUAGUCAUCCCUAGUCAUCCCUAGUCACCCUAGUCAUCCCAGUCAUCCCAGUCAUCCCUAGUCAUCCUUAGUCAUCCCUAGUCAUCCUAGUCAUCCUAGUCAUCCCUAGUCAUCCCAGUCAUCCCUAGUCAUCCCUAGUCAUCCUAGUCAUCACUAGUCAUCCCUAGUCAUCCCCAGUGAUCCUUAGUCAUCCUACUCAUACCUAGUCAUCCCUAGACAUCCCUAGUCUUCCCAGUCAUCCCUAGUCAUCCUUAGUCAUCCUUAGUCAUCCCUAGUGAUCCCUAGUAAUUCCUAGUCAUCACUUGUCAUCCCUAGUUAUCCCUAGUCAUCCCAGUCAUCCUUAGUCAUACCCUUUCAUCGCUAGUCAUCCCUAGUCUUCUCUAGUCAUCCCUAGUCAUCCCUAGUUAUCCCAGUUAUCCCUAGUCAUACCUAGUCAUCCCUAGGCAUCCCAGUCAUCCCUAGUCAUCCUUAGUCAUCCUUAGUCAUCCCUAGCCACCCCAGUCAUCCUUAUUUAUCCCUAUUCAACCCAGUCAUCCUUAGUCAUCCCUGGUUACCCUAGUCAUCCCCAGUCAUCCUUAGUCUUCGUAGUGGUCCUUAGGCAUCCCUAGUCAUCCUUAGUUCCUCUAGUCGUCGCUAGUCGUCCCUAGUCUUCCCUAGUCAUCCCAGUCAUCCAUAGUCAUCCCUAGCCAUCCCAGUCGUCUUAGUAAUCCCUAGUCAUCCCUAGUGAUCCCAGUCAUCUUUAGUCAUCCCUAGUCAUCCCUGGUCAUCCCUAGUCAUCCCAGUAAUCCCUAGUCAUCCCUAGUCAUCCCUAGUCAGCCUAGUCAUCCCUAGUCAUCUCUAGUGAUUCCAGUCAUCCCUAGUCAUCCCACUCAUCCCUAGUCAUUCUUAGUCAUCCCUAGGGAUGAUUAGUCAUCCUUAGUCAUCCUUAGUUAUCUGAAGUCAUCCUUAGUCAUCCCUGAUCAUCCCAGCCAUCCCUAGUUAUUGCUAGUAAUCCCUAGUCACCCUAGUGAUUCGUAGUCAUCCCAGUCAUCCUUAGUCAUCCCUAGUCAUCCCAGUCAUCCCUAGUCAUCCCUAGUCAUCCCUAGGCAUCCCAGUCAUCCCUAGUCAUCCUCAGUCAUCCUUUGUCAUCCUUAGCCAUCCCAGUCAUCCUUAGGUAUCCCUAGUCAUCCCAGUCAUCCUUAGUGAUCCCUGGUUAUCCCUAGUGAUCCCCAGUCAUCCUUAGUCUUCGUAGUGGUUCCUAGGCAUCCCUAGUCAUCCUUAGUUCUCCUAGUCGUCGCUAGUUAUCCCUAGUCAUCCCUAGUCAUCCCAGUCAUCUUUAGUCAUCCCUAGUCAUCCCUGUCAUCCCUAGUCAUCCCUAGUCAUCCCUGGUCAUUCCUAGUCAUCCCAGUUAUCCCUAGUCAUCCCUAGUCAUCCCUAGUCAGCCUAGUCAUCCCUAGUCAUCACUACUCAUCCCAGUCAACCCUAGUCAUCCCACUCAUCCCUAGUCAUCCCUAGUCAUCCCUAGGGAUGAUGAGUCAUCUUUAGUCAUCCUUAAUCAUCUGAAGUCAUCCUUAGUCAUCCCUGGUCAUUCCAGCCAUCCCUAGUUAUCCCAGUCAUCCCUACUCAUCCCUAGUCAUCGCUAGUAAUCCCUAGUCACCCUAGUGGUUCGUAGUCAUCCUAGUCAUCCCUAGUCAUCCCAGUCAUCGCUAGUCAUCCCUAGUCAUCCCGGUCAUCGCUAGUCAUCCCUAGUCAUCCUCAGUCAUCCCUAGUCAUCCUAGUCAUCCCUAGUCAUCCCUAGUUAUCCCUUGUCAACUCAGCCAUCCCUAGUCAUUCCUAGUUCCCUAGUCAUCCCUAGUCAUCCCAGUUAUUUCUAGUCAUCCUAGUCAUCCCUAGUCAUCCCUACUCAUCCUUAGUCAACUCAGCCGUCCCUAGUGAUCCCUAGUUAUCCCAGUCAUCUCUAGUCAUCCCUAGUCUUCCCUAGUCCUCCCAGUCGUCUUAGUUAACCCUAGUCAUCCCAGUCAUCCCUAGUCAUCCCAGUCGUCUUAGUUAUCCCUAGUCAUCCCAGUCAUUCUUAGUCAUCCUAUUCGUCUCUAGUCAUCCCUAGUCAUCCCUACUCUUCCCAGUCAUCCCUAGUCAUCCCUAGUCAUCCCAGUCGUCUUAGUCAUCCCUAGUCAUCCCAAGUCAUCCCACUCAUACUUUGUCAUGCCUAGUCAUCCGUAGUAGUAGUAAAUUUAUUAAAUCUCCAGCCAGUGGCUCUUCCGAUUUAAUUUACAAUAAUUGGAAAUCGAAUAAAAACGACUUAUAAAACUUACAAUAAUAUCAUGAUAAAAAAUCCCUAGUCAUCCCUAGUCAUCCCGGUCAUCCCUAGUCAUCCCUAGUCAUCCCAGUCAACCCUAGUCAUCCCUAGUCAUCCCUAGUCAUCUCUGAUCAUCCCUAGUCAUCCGUAGUCAUCCCAGUAAUCCCUAGUCAUCCCUAGUCAUUCCUAGUCAUCCCUAGUCAUCCCAUUCAUCCAUAGUCUCCCUAGUCAUCCUAGUCACCCUAGUCAUCAAUAGUCAUCCUUAGUCAUCCCUAGUUAUCCCAGUCAUCCCUAGUCAUCCCAUUCAUCCCUAGUCAUCCCUAGUCAGCUUAGUCAUCCCUAGUCAUUCCUAGGCAUUCCUAGUCGGCCCUUGUCAUCCCUAAUCAUCCCAGUCAUCUUUAGUCAUCCCUAGUAAUCCCUAGUCAUUCCAGUCAUCCCUAGUCAUCCCUAGUCAUCCCUGGUCAUCCCUAGUCAUCCCAGUCAUCCCCAGUCAUCCCUAGUCAUCACUAAUCAUCCCAGUCGUUUUAGUUAUCCCUGGUCAUCUCUAGUCAUCCCAGUCAUUCUUAGUUAUCCUAUUCGUCUCUAGUCAUCCCUAGUCUUCCCAGUCAUCCCUAGUCAUCCCUAGUCAUCCCAGUCGUCUGAUUCAUCCCUAGUGAUCCCUAUUUAUCCCACUCAUCCUUAAUCAUCCCUAGUCAUCCCUAGUCGUCCCUAGUUAUCCCUAGUCAUGCCUAGUCUUCCCAGUCAUCCCUAUUCAUCCCUAGUCAUCCCAGUCAUCUUAGUCAUCCCUAGUCAUCCCUAGUCAUCCCAAUAAUCCUUUAUCAUCCUUAGUCAUCCCUAGUCAUCCCAUUCAUCCCUUGUCAUCCCUUGUCAUCCCUAGUCAUCCCAGUGAUCCCUAGUCAGCCCUAGUCAUCCCUAGUCAUCCCUUUCGUCUUAGGUAUCCCUAGUCAUCCCUUGUGAUCUUUGCCAUCCUUUAUCAUUCCUAGUUUUUUCUAGUCAUUCCUGGUCAUCCUAGUCUUCCCUAGUCAUCCCUAGUCAUCCCUUGUCAACUCAGCCGUCCCUAGUCAUCCCUAUUCAUCCCAGUGAUCCCUAGUCAUUCGUAGUCAUCCCAGACAUCCCUGGUCAUCCUAGUCAUCGCUAGUGAUCCCUAGUCAUCCCUAGUCAAUUCAGCCAUCCGUAGUCAUCCCUAGUCAUCCCUAGUCAUCCCAGUGAUCCUUAGUGAUCCCUAGUCAUCCCUAGUCAUCCCUAGUCAUCCCAGUCGUAUGAGUUAUCCCUAGUUAUCCCGUGUUAUCUUAGUCAUCCUUUGUCAUCCCUAGUCAUUUCGAGUCAUCCCUAGUCGUCUUAGUCUUUCCUAGUCUUCCCUAGUCAUCCCUUGUCAACUCAGCAAUCCCUAGUCAUCCCUAUUCAUCCCAGUCAUCCCUAGUCAUCCCUAGUCAUCCCAGUCAUCCUUAGUCAUCCCUAGUCUUUCGUAGUCAUCCCUAGUCAUCCUAGUCUUCUCUAGUCAUGCUUACUCAUCCCUAGUCAACUCAGCCAUCCCUAGUCAUCCCUUUUCAUCCCAGUCAUCCCUAUUCAUCCCUAGUCAUCCCAGUCAUCCCUAGUCAUCCCUAUUCAUCCCUAGUCAUCCCUAGUCAUUCUAGUCAUCCCUAGUCAUCUCUAGUCAACUCAGCCUACCCUAGUCAUUCCUAUUCAUCCCUAGUCAUCCCUAGUCAUCAUUAGUCAUCCCAUUCGUCUUAGUUAUACCUACUCAUCCCUAGCCAUCCCAGUCUUCCUUAGUCAUCCCUAGUCACCCCUAGUCAUCUUAGUCAUCCCUAGUCAUCCUUAGUCAUCCUUAGUCAUCCCAGUCAUCCUUAGUCAUCCUAGUCGUCCCUUGUCAUCCUUAGUCAUCCUAGUCAUCCCUAGUCAUCCAUGGUCAUCCCUAGUCAUCCCAGUCAUCCCUUGUCAUCCAUAGUCAUCCCAGUCGUCUUAGGUAUCCUUAUUCAUCCCAGCUAUUCUUAGUCAUCCCAGUCAUCCCUUGUCAUCCUUAGUCAUCCCAGUCAUCCCUAGCCAUGCCAGUCAUCCCUAGUCAUCCCAGUUGUCUUACUUAUCCCUAGUCAUCCCAGUCAUCCUUAGUCAUCCCUAGUCACCCCUAGUCAUCCCUAGUCACCCCUAGUCAUUUUAGUCAUCCUUAGUCAUACCAGUCAUCCCUUGUCAUCCUUAGUUAUCCCAGUCCUCCCUAGUCAUCCAUGAACAUCCCUAGUCAUCCCAGUCGUCCCUAGUCAUCCCUACCCAGCCCAGUCGUCUUAGUCAUCCCAGUCAUCCCUAGUCAUCCCUAGUCAUCCCUAGGCAUCCCUGGUCAUCCCUAGUCAUCCCAGUCAUCCCUAGUCAUCCCUGGUCAUCCCUAGUCAUCCCCAGUCAUCCUUAGUCAUCCUAGUCGACCCUAGUCAUCCCUAGUCUUCCCAGUCAUCCCUAGUCAUCCCUAGUCUUCCCUAGUCAUCCCAGUCGUCUUAGUCAUCCCUAGUCAUCUCUAGUCAUUCCACUCAUUCUUAGUCAUCUCAAGUCAUCCCUAGUCAUCCCAGUGAACCCUAGUCAUCCCUAGUCAUCCCAGUCAUCCCUAGUUCUCCCUAGUCAUCCAUAGUCAUCCCUGAUCAUCCCUAUUCAUCCCUAGUCAUCCCAGUCAUCCCUAGUCAUCCCAGUCAUCCCUAGUCAUCCCUAGUCAUCCCUGGUCAUCCCAGUCAUCCUUAGUCAGCCCUAGUCAUCCCAGUCAUUCCUAGUCAUCCCUAGUCAUCCCUAGUCAUCCCUGGUCAUCCCUAGUCAUCCCAGUCAUCCCUAGGCACCCCUAGUGAGCCUACUCAUCCCUAGUCAUCCUUAGUCAUUCCAGUCAUCCCUAGUUAUCCUUAGUCAUCCUUAGUCAUCCAUUGUCAUCCCAGGUCUUCCCUAGUCAUCCCUGGUCAUCCCAGUCAUCCCUAGUUAUCCCAGUUAUCCCUACUCAUCCCUAGUCUUCGCUAGUCAUCCCUAGUCACCCUAGUGAUUCGUAGUCAUCCGUGUCAUCCCUAGUCAUCCCUAGUCAUCCCAGUCAUCCCUAGUCAUCCCUAGUUAACUCAGCCAUCCCUAGUCAUUCCUAGUCAUCCGUAGUCAUCUCUAGUCAUCCCAGUCAUCCCUAGUCAACUCAGCCAUCCCUAGUCAUUCCUAGUCUUCCCUAGUCAUCCCUAGUCAUCCCUUGUAAUCCCUAGUCAUCCCAGUGAUCCCUAGUCAUCCCUAGUCAUCUGUUUCGUCUUAGUUAUCCCUAGUCAUCUCUUGGGAAUUUAGUCAUCCUUAGUCAUUCCUAGUUUUUUCUAGUCAUUCCUGGUCAUCCUAGUCUUCCCUAGUCAUCCCUAGUCAUCCCUUGUCAACUCAGCGAUUCCUAGUCAUCCCUAUUCAUCCCAGUGAUCCCUAGUUAUUCGUAGUCAUCCCAGUCAUCCCUAGUCAUCCUAGUCAUCCCCAGUGAUCCCUAGUCAUCCCUAGUCAACUCAGCCAUGCGUAGUCAUCCCUAGUCAUCCCUAGUCAUCCCAGUCAUCCCUAGUCAUCCCUAGUCAUCCCUAUUCAUCCCAGUCUUCUUAGUUAUCCCUAGUCAUCCCGAGUGAUCUCAGUCAUCCUUAGUCAUCCCUAGUCAUUUCUAGUCAUCCCUAGUCAUCCUAGUCUUCCCUAGUCAUCCCUAGUCAUCCCUUGUCAACUCGGCCAUCCCUAGUCAUCCCUAUUUAUCCCAGUUAUCCCUAGUCAUCCCUAGUCAUUACAGUCAUCCCUAGUCAUCCCUAGUCAUCCCUAAUCGUCCUAGUCAUCCCUAGUCAUCCCUAGAAAGCUCAGCCAUCCCUAGUCAUUCCUAGUCAUCCCUAGUGAUCCCAGUCAUGCUUAGUCAUCGUAGUCAUCUUUAGUCAUCCCUAGUCAACUCAGCUAUCCCUAGUGAUCUGUAGUGAUCCUUAGUCAUCCCAGUCAUCCUUAGUCAUCCCUAGUUAUCUUAGUUAUCCCUAGUGAUCCCUAGUCAUCCCAGUCAUCCUUAGUCAUCCCUAGUCUUUCCUAGUCAUCCCUAGUUCUUUUAGUCUUCUCUAGUCAUGCCCAGUCAUCCCUAGUCAACUCAGCCAUCCCUAGUCUUUCCUUGUCAUCUUAGUCAUCCCUAGUCAUCCCUAGUCAUCCCAGUCAUCCCUAGUCAUCGCUAGUCAUCCCUAGUCAUUGUAGUCAUCCCUAGUCAUCCCUAGUCAUCUCAAGUCAAGUCAGCCAUCCCUAGUCAUUCCUAGUCAUCCCUAGUCAUCCCAGUCAUCCCUAGUGAUCCUAGUCAUCUCUAGUCAUCCCUAGUCAUCCUUAAUCAUCCCUAGUCAACUCAGCCAUCUCUAGUCAUCCCUAGUCAUCCCAGUCUUGUCUAGUCAUCCCUAGUCAGCCCUAGUCAUCCCAUUCGUCUUAGUUAUCCCUAGUCAUCCCAGUCUUCCUUAGUCAUCCCCAGUCACCGCUAGUCAUCUUAGUCAUCGCUAGUCUUCCUUAAGCAUCCUUGGUCAUCCCUACUCAUCCCAGUCAUUCCUAGUCAUCCAUAGUCAUCCCAGUCAUUCCUAGUCAUCCCUAGUCAUCCCCAGUCAUCCUUAGUUAUCCUAGUCGUCCCUUGUCAUCCUUAGUCAUCCUAGUCAUCCCUAGUCAUCCAUGGUCAUCCCUAGUCAUCCCAGUCAUCCCUAGUCAUCCCAGUCGUCUUUGUUAUCCUUAUUUAUCUCAGCUAUCCUUAGUCAUCCCAGUCAUCCCUUGUCAUCCUUAGUCAUCCCAGUCAUCCGUAGUCAUCCAUGGUCAUCCCUAGUCAUCCCAGUCAUCCCUAGUAAUCCCAGUCGUCUUACUUAUCCCUAAUCAUCCCAGUCAUCCUUAGUCAUCCCAGUCAUCCCUUGUCAUCCUUAGUCAUCCCAGUCAUCCCUAGUCAUCCAUGGACAUCCCUAGUCAUCCCAGUCGUCCCUAGUCAUCCCUACCCAUCCCAGUCGUCUUAGUCAUCCCAGUCAUCCCUAGUCAUCCCUAGUGAUCCCUUGUCAUCCCAGUGAACCCUAGUCAUCCCUAGUCAUCCCUAGUCAUCCCAGUCAUCCCUAGUCAUCCCUAGUCAUCCCAGUCAUCCCUAGUCAUCCCUAGUCAUCCCUGGUCAUCCCUAGUCAUCCCAGUCAUCCCUAGUCAUCCCUGGUCAUCCCUAGUCAUCCUUAGUCAUCCUAGUCAACCCUAGUCAUCCUUAGUCUUCCCAGUCAUCCCUAGUGAUCCGUAGUCUUCCCUAGUCAUCCCAGUCGUCUUAGUCAUCCCUAGUCAUCCCUAGUCAUCCCAUUCAUUCUUAGUCAUCUCUAGUCAUCCCAGUGAACCCUAGUCAUCCGUAGUCAUCCCUAGUCAUCCUUAGUCAUCGUAGUCAAUCCUAGUCAUCCCUAGUCUUCCCAGUCAUUCCUAGUCAUCCCUAGUCUUCCCUAGUCAUCCCAGUCGUCUUAGUCAUCCCUAGUCAUCCCUAGUCAUCCCACUCAUUCUUAGUCAUCUCUAGUCAUCCCUAGUCAUCCCAGUGAACUCUAGUCAUCCCUAGUCAUCCCUAGUCAUCCCAGUCAUCCCGAGUCAUCCCUAGUCAUCCUAGUCAUCCCUAGUCAUCCCUAGUCAUCCCAGUCAUCCUUAGUCAUUCCUAGUCAUCUUAGUCAUCCCUAGUCAUCCCUAGUCAUCCCUAGUCAUCCCUGGUCAUCCCUAGUUAUCCCAGUCAUCCCUAGUCAUCCCUAGUGAGCCUAGUCAUCGCUAGGCAUCCUUAGUCAUCCCAGUCAGCCCUAGUUAUCCCUAGUCAUCCUUAGUCAUCCUUAGUCAUCCAUUGUCAUCCCUAGUCAUCCCUGGUCAUCCCAGUCAUUUCUAGUUAUCUCAGUCAUCCCUAUUCAUCCCUAGUCAUCGCUAGUCAUCCCUAGUCACCCUAGUGAUUCGUAGUCAUCCCUUUCAUCCCUAGUCAUCCCUAGUCAUCUCAAUCAGCCCUAGUCUUGCCCCGUCAUCCAUGUCAUCCUUCGUCAUUUUCAUUCGUGCGUAGUCCUCUUUGUCGUUCCUAGUUAACCCAGUCAUCCGUAGUGCUCUCUAGUCAUGCUAGUCAUCCGUAGUCAUCCCUUGUCAUCUAUAGUCUUUCCCAGUCAUCCCUAGUCAUCCCUAUUCAUUCUUAGUCAUCCUAGUCGUCCCUAGUGGUCCCCUACUUAAUCGUAGUCAUACCAGUCAUCUCUAGUCUUUUUUAGUUAUCUCAUUCAUCCCUAGUCAUCCCUAGUCAUCCCUAGUCAUCCUUAGUCCCUAGUCUUCGCUGUCAUCCCUAGUAAUUCCGGUCAUCCCUAGUCAUCUCGGAGGGUUAUCAUUAAGAGCCGGGGACCGGGGAUUUUUCCCAGCUACUAAGAUAGUGCGUGCGGCUACUUUUAUUGGAAAAUAGAAGAAAAAUAGCCGUUUGUUUCCCCGCCUCCUAUUUUUAUUUACCCGGCAACUUGAAAUCUUUUCCAAAAUUACCCCAUUAUUUACCGACUGUUGCUACAACAGCCAGUUUCCCCUGUCAUCAAGUUGGCCAUUAUGCAUAGAGGCCUUCUAAUUCUUGUUGUACACGUUUUCUAGGAUCAGUCAGAAAUGAAAUUACCAGGGUUCAGGUUGUGGUGUGAGAAAAGCAAAAAGAAGAUGCAGUUUCCUCUAAAAAGGUGUGUUGAUGCUUGAACUGUAAAUCAAAUACUGACAUGUCAUUUCAUGUAAAUUACUACCAAUUAUUACCGUUUUCUAAGUUGAUAACAGUCAACCCUAUCAAAGACAUCACAUGUUUGGGACCAGCAAGCUACAGUAAUUGUGACUAAAGAAAGGCAGGAACCACUUCUUGGUGUCCGUUUUAAUGACGUGUCUAUCUUAAGGAGGUGUAUCUUUGACUGUUUAGGAUUUACAAGGUACAAAAUGUACAAAGCAUCAAAUCUUAAAAUAAAUGUUCUUUGUUUUCUGUUCUGUUUUCUAAACAGACAGAGGAAAUCUUCCACCGAAGAUCGGAAUUCUGAUCUCUACAUCGGCCAAGAGAUAACUAUCCUGUGCAAAGUGCAGAAGCACUCGGUUCCUCUACACAUGUUUGUGCCUGUAAAGAUGGAGUUGUAUCCUAUUGCUUAUCAAUUCUACUUUAAGGGAUUUUAGUGGAGGAAACUCUGAUUUAAAUCAUCCUACUGUAACUUGUGGUUCCCUUUUGCUUUUAACUAGGCUAUUUACCGUCCUUCUAUAUUCUUUUUAGAGCCCUGGGUUGGUUUUGAUGUAAACUGCUAAGGCUUGAUGAUAGACUAAAACUAAAAAUGAUGUCUAUCAGACUUUGCAUCUUUGGUGCCCACCUCCCCCGUCUUAUCUUCUUUAUUUUAUGAAACAGUUUUUUUUUCCAGAAUAAUAUUUAUUAUGUUCUACAGUUUCAUUAGCAGGUUUGAAUGAGGAAAAAGGGGUGGGGAGAAUCCUUUUCCUGAGGGUCAGCUAGAAGGCUAAUUUUGGUGGACUUUAUGUCUGCAAAUUGCAAAGAAAAUCCUUAGCUUCAUCUGUUUACAGAAAACUGGCGUGUUGUUCUAUCAAAACGUCUGCUAGGAUUGUCCAAUGGCUCUCUUUUGAGGUCAACAAGGUCAGUAUUUCAUGUCUCUGUAACAAAAAUAGCUAAGCCUAAAGAUGGAGUUUCUCAUUUAGAAAUUGAACCAAGUCUCUCUUGAUAAAACUUGAGCUGAGCCUGCCGUCCGGUUACUUUUGCCAACUGGGGCCCACAAAACUAAAAGUUAGCAAAGAAAUUACGUCAGAAUGACAGCUUCUUGAUAAAUACAGUUGUACUGUGCGUGAGUCUCUCUAGCGUUACAACAAGCGUUACGCAAUAUUAUUUUAUUAUUAUUAUUAUUGUUAUUAUUAUUAUUAUUAGGUUUACUUUCACAAACUCUAACUACAAUCCGUUUAAAUAAUCUUUCGCUCGAUGUGUUAUACACCUACAUAUGUACCGUUUUGUAGAUUUGGCUAAAUUGCGUGCUCCUCUUCAACAAAGUAAGGCCCCCAAGUCUUAUAUAUCAUUUUAAAAUAUUUUUCUAACUUUGAAUGUGUUUACAGGAUGUUGCCUUCAUUGGACGGUUAAAACUCACCCAGCCAACCAACACCCACCUAAAAGAAAAGAGCAAGGAAGCUUGGUUCAACUUUGUCAAAGCCGAAAGCUACUCAGGUGUGUUGUUUUUAAAAGACAUGUAAAGGCCUGUUACUUUAGGCAAUUCCUCGUGAAGCUUGUUUGCUAUUUUGUCACAUUACAAGUUGCUUAAAAAUUUACCGUGCUUAUUAUCUGGCAAUUUUGUUACACAGUUGCAAGUUACGUUUAAAGAGAUUUUGCUCCGGCCACAAAUGUCGUGUUGCACUGGGCAGUUUUCUUGUAAUUUGUAUUUGUAAUUUUGCUGCAUCUAAGAAUUUUUCCAUGGCGUUGUUGUCAUGGUUUCCUAACUUCCGUAUUUUGGGGGAUUUCAGCUGCACUCAGUGAAACCAACGCUGGAGAGGAAGACAAAGAUGACUACAGUAAUCGACUCUGUCUCAUUUGUGGUGGUGCUGAAAACGGCCUGAAUGUCUUCGUUUUGAGGGCGCCCGAACAUUUGAAUGGAAGGAUACAGCAUGAUUUGGCUACAGUGCAUUCUUCAGUGCUCAUUAUAAACGAUCAAGAAGGUGAACAAAAUACCCCCUCCACACCCCACCCCUUCAGUGCCUUCAUUAGUUUUUUUAAAGCAAUUUUUCUUUGCUAAGCAUGUACAUACAUUCUUCGGUGCCCGCCAUUAUAAAUGAUCAAAACGGUAAAAAAAAAAUAGGAUAAUUUUAUGUUUCUGUGAAACUGCCCACCUACCCCUCCCCUAAACCAACAUUAACACUUAGUUCUUACUUAGGGCAAAAUGUGGAUUAGGGGAGGGGUAUGUGGGCAGUUUCCCAGAAACGUAAGAAAAUACCCUCUCCCCACCCCACCCCACCUCAUCAUCCCUUUCAUACGUCACUUCCACAUUUCCCAUAAUGCGCCUUAUUUGCCUCCCAAAGUUUUGCAUAACCUUUGUUUUUCAUUUCUCCUGAUUAUUAGGGCCGUCCCACGAAAAAUUGAAAACUAUGCUCAUGCAAAAAUGUGGGGGGCAAAUAAGGUGCAUUAUGGGAAACGUGGAAGUGACGUAUUAGUUGUUUUUAAGCAACAUUUCUUCGGUUGACCAGUUUUUCAAUGAUGCGGACAACUUUCCUGUCAAGACCUUCUUACUCAUUCUGGCUAAAAGUUUGGGAAUACAAUAACUCAAAUUGCGUUUGAUUUAUUUUUCGAAUACUCACAUAGGAGGACACAUUUCAUAAAACUUAUACCCAUGUAAAAAGUUACACAGACUGUUCAAGUUGUCACUGGACGGAGAAUAGGCGUUUUGUGGGCAAAGAAUUUUUAGCUAAUAUCUUACCCUCCUCAAAAAUGCUUGUGCAUGUAAUGUUUUUGUAUCUUGUUUGUAGUUGGAGGACCUUUACGAUUUCUUGACCUCGAAGAUAGCUUCUUUGAAACAGAACAGAAAUUAACUGAAAUUCUGCUCUGCAUGUUACAACAGGAGCUGGGUGAGUAUUGCUUUGUUUCCUGUUUUCCUUUUUUCUUCACGCACCUUUAUUAAUCAGGGGCUUCAUCAAGUACAGUAAUGGGGGGAUGGGGGAGGAGGGGUGUAAUAGGUGGGUCCCCAAGAUUUCCUUACUUUGACGUAUUCCAAUACGUUAACUGCGGAGAAAGGUACGAUAUUCGCAGUACACGGGAACCAAGGUUCUACAAAGGGGUCUUCAAUCCCGUCAUCCCGAUCCAAAUUUUCGCUCAGUCCCGUAGUCCCGUAAUCCCGAUGGUUAUUUUUCGCAUCCCGCACCCCGUUCAUUCUUUCAAUCCCGAAGUUCGUUCCCAUUUGCUAUCGGCUUUUUAAAUAAGACAAUUCCGGAUCCCGAUAAAAGCCUCGCGGAGACCCUCAGCACCGGUCACCGGGUUCGUCGCAUGAACAGUUCGAUGUUUGUCCUAGGGGUUACUUAGAAGCUGAUAUUCGUCAAAGGGGAAGAGAAUGUUUUCUUUCAAUUUCCGAAUACUGAGCUAUCACCAAUUUCUCCAACGUGGCCACUUACGCUUAAUCGUAACCAUUCUCUUACAGAAAAUCAUUUUGUUACCAGUCAUUCAAAAGUGUUCGUGAUGCUAUAAUAUUCUUUCAGGCGAUUCCACUUCCGAUGAUCAGGUUAUACUUGACGCUUCCUCUAAGGUUUUGGACCAGUUAGUCUCCGCAAAGGUGAAGUUACUAAAGGAAAAAAGGUAACUCUCGAUACGAUUAACUGCAUUGAUUUGUUCUUUGUAAAACUAAAAAAAGGGGAAAAAAAGGAAUCAGAAGUUUCUCUUCCUUUGUGGCUUGCCAGGUGUUGUGAAAGGGAUCAGUAAAUACAUGGGUGCCCCUCCACGGCCGAUGGAAUCGGUGGGUGAAGGAGUAGAGGGCGUGUGCGGGGGAAUGAUGAAAGUAUAAAAUGAACGUAAAAUGGGGGGAUUAUGGUUAAGCAUGGUUACUGGGGGACUAACAAACUGCACUCCAGUAGGCCACUUCGGAGUUCCAAAAUCCCUUAUUUUUAAAAUGAGGCCAAGUGACGAUCUUUCUUGUGAAAAUGAGUUUUGUUUCCAUUAGAAUGAAAAAUCAUUUUCAUAUCCAAGGCUAUCACUGACCUCGUUUUGAUACAGAGGCCCAGGGGAACUCGGCGUGUUAAGCCCUUAUUACCAUCGCGUAAAUAUACACUAUACACAGGUAGCGGAACUGAAUAAUUAGGAGCAACGACUAGAUUCCAUUGAGACAGAAGUGCCGAAGACUGAGAUUUAGUUCGCCAAAUCCUAUUAGACAACCGCUACGGUAUGAUUUGCUUUUCGUGUCGGCACGAAAAGCCAUCCGGUAAAGUAGGAACAUAGUGUAAAUUCUGUAGGUGCACUUUGCCCUAUUCAUAUUUUCUUGUCCUAUUUAACGUCCUAAUUAAUGCAAAAAUCAGUGUAAUUUCUUUUAUGUUUUCGUAACUUAUUUGCUGGGAUUUUUAUUGCAGAGAGCAGUUGCUGCAAGCGGGAAAAGAAAAUGAACUUGACGUCGUUAGAAGAGAUUCAUUACUCCAUGAUGAAAGAGGUAAUGAUGCAAGAUACUUUCAAAACCAGAAAAUUUCUGUAUAUUUAUUUUUCUGAUCUCACUGCUAAAUGCAACAACUGACAGUAUCCAAGUGAAUUUGCUUCUACUUGACGGGGCGAUCUUCAGAUAAUAUAUCCCUUUCUGGUAUUUAAAGGAAAGACUGUUCACACUAAGGGAGAAAAUUGCAACAAGUUAAAGCUUUUCCUGUGGAGACUGUGGGAGUGCAUUGUUUCUGCAGCUCCCGCGCUGGUUAACUACCUCAUCCAAAUACUGUAUUUCGAUAAUCGUGCGGCGCAGAUAUAGGGCCAAUAACUCCUCGCAAUAAUUUUGUGUUCGUGUUAAAUCGACUUCCAAAUCUGUUCGCCAGACGACCUGAGGUAACCCGUCCCCUCCCUGCAGAAAUCGCCCCCAUAGAAGCGGGGGCGGAGGGGGUGGUGGGAUACGCAAAACCCUCUGGGAGUUCCGUUCGCCAUUUUGUCUUUCUUCGACAUAGAUGGAAGGUUAUUCUUGAUUGAACGUUGCCCUAACGGGCAGCCCAAUAAUAAAGCACAAAACAAAAAACGUGUGCCCAGUGCCAUGGGGCGAUGUGUAACCGGUUUGAAGCGCAGGGAAACUUAUAGCAGGGUUAAAUAGCUGGAGAGCCAUGGUGGAAUGGAAGAUUGUUAAGUGCGGUAAAGCGCGCAACUGGUGCCCGCUUGCGGGGAAAUAUGCAAACUGUUAUCGCAACUUGUGCAGCUGGUGCCAAAGUUGGGAAAAUAUGGACCUCGUGUCAUCAAGGAGGGGGAAAAAAUAAUGCAACAAUUCGCCACUUUGAGGUUGCGCGGGAGACCAGGUCGAGAUGGUGGUCAAGUGCAUUGUGGGACCGUUUUGGGGGACGCAUUUUCAUUGUGGCGUCGAAAUUGUCCCCCAAAACAGUCCCACAAUGCACUUUGACAACCGUCUCGACCCAGUCUCCCACGCAACCUCAAAGUGGCGAAUAGUCUCAGACACUGGGGAUGGUGCACUAACUGAUUAAGAUGUAAGGGCCUUCGUUCUUUAUUUAACGUGGUCCGGGUUUAAUCCCGGCGUCAAUGCCAUGUGUGAGUUGAGUUUGUUGUUGGUUCUCUUCCUUGCUCCGAUAGGAUUUUCUCAGGGUACUCCGGUUUCCCCCUCUCCUCAAAAACCAAAAUUCGAUCAGGAAAGGUAGACAAAGAACCUUUAUGUGGAUGUGCUGCCUUCAAAUCGUUAUUUACUUAUUUAGAAUGAGUUCUUAUCUCGUUAAAUGAUUUUUUUCUUUCCAGCUUUUCUGGUUGUUGUCUUUUUGUUUUUGCCGUUGCCGUUUUCUCUUAAUUCACAGUUUUCGCUUUCUUUUUCUUUUUCCUUACAUGUUACAAAUUAGAGUCGUUGAUGUCUCCCAGCAGAUGGCCUGAGAGGGCGUGGCUUAUCAAAAACGAUCCAAAUGCAGUGUGAGUGCUUCUUAACAAACUUCUUGCUACCGUAUCUGAGAGUAACAUAAACUCAAGCAGGGUGUUUGCGGAAAGAGUCUUUCACUCUGUUUAAUUUUCUUUCGGAUCAUUUUACGUUUCUGGGAAACUGCCGACCUACCCCUCCCCUAAGCAAACACUUACUAUACUUUUCACUUAGGGCAAAAUGUUGGCUUAGGGGAAAUUAGGUAGUCAGUUUCCUAUAAACGUAUAGUGAUCCUAAUUUUCUACUCUUCGCCAAGUGCGUUCAUGAUUUUCCUCUUGUUUUUAACAGGGUUAAAGAUGCAACUGCGAAGGACUCCACGUUGUUAGCUUCAGGUGUGUAAUUGUUGAUUUUUUUUAUUACGCGACCUAAGAGGAUCGUUCGCAUGCGACAUUGUUGGAUUGUUUUGGGUCCAUUUGAACUCUCCUAAUUUCAACCUGAUCCAACAUGUUCAAAACGGACCCAACCGCCAUAACAUGUGACGUCCAAGUGUCGAACAAUGUUUAAUGAAGUUAGUCCAUCUUGUUGGAUGCCUUCGGCCAGUGAAUUUCAACAACUUCCUAACAUUUCUUCAACCUUAAUGAUAUUAAUAAGGACAACCGCAGAUCUGAAAUAAACGUUUCAUUUCUACUUACUCUCGUGUAUUUCAAAACACUCCUUAGGGCCUGUUACCCAGAUGGGUGAGGUAACAUGUGGCGGGUUACCCCACCUAUCAUGUACAAACGUGAUCAAAUUAAAAUGAGAGAUUAUAUGGGCAGGCGGGUUACCUCACCUACCUGGGGUUCCCCACCUCCAUGUAAACAGGCCAUAACUCCAGUGUCAUGGCGCGGGUGGGGGUUAAUCCCAUAUAUGCGCUAGAUAGGUAUGUGCCUCCCUAUAGGGUAUGGUUUUUGAGUGUCUCGAACCUUACUAGGGUACCGAUUUUGCCCUUGUUGGUAUUGCGUUCCUGGUCUGAUCCUUAGGUUGAGUACCUAAAUUGUAUCAGUCAUCAAAUUGUUAGUCUUGUUUUUUCCCUUGAAUGGGGUCUCAUUUUUUGUAUCAGGCUUGGGCCUUUGAUAGAGUGUAAAUUUUCGUUUGUCUCAUCCUUAAACAGUGUCAGGUUUUAAGACCUGGGCGACACACACCUAUCCGCUAUUUAUGGGAGUACCUUCCCCACCCCUCGUGUUUUAUUCGUAUCUUCUUAACCAAUAAAGUCUCUUUUUACUCUGUUUUUCAUGUGCCUCUAUUCGGACUAAAGUGACAACAAUGAGUGUUCACGAUAUCUUGGAGAAAUUCCGCUUGGAUGGGACUGCUGUGGCCAGCAAUCUAAGCCCUGUGAAACCACGGGUAAGCUGUGCAUGGUGGUAGUGUUUCCGUGAAGUAUCCGUGCUGUAAACUUACGUUAACUAUGGUAGCCUCUUAGAGAUGUCUUGUGCCCGACGGUCGGCCUUGUAGGCAAUCACAAAAUCUCAGCAGUUUGGGCGGUCGCUUAUGAUAAGUUGUAAAAUGUUCAGGUGAUACCCAUGCUUAUCAAGUUCGUGUUCUGUGCUUCACUUUUAGGAGAGAGGAUUACUUGAUAGGCACAUAGAAAUAGGCGCAAAAAGAGGUAAGGACAGUGAAUGUUUUUGUUCGUAGACGACCCUAUAAACGGCUUCCCCUUUUAACCAAUCAAGAAACCAAACCAAUCACGACUUCCUCCAACGAGUUUCUCGCGCUUUUCCGGGGCUGCAUCAACCUCGUUUUCGGGCUCUUCCCGUGAACGAGGCUGUUGCUGCAUGCAAGUCCUUCACCAAACAUUUUCUGUUGUUAGCUUUUGGUGCGUAAUUUUUUAUUUGGAUUUGUUUUGUUUUUGCGAAAAAUUUAUUGACAGUGUCAUUUGUGAUUGAUCUGAGUGAAAAAAAACCUUCGCUUUAAUGAUACAAAGUCAAUCAAAAAACUCCCGCAAAUAUUUAUCGUUAAAUUCCGGUCUCUCUGUCUCUCUGUCCCUCUCUCUAGAUUUAGAUGUUAGGGAAAGAAGAUACCCAGAUGCCCUUACGGCGUCCUACCAUGGAAUUGAGUAAGUUUUUCUCUCGUAACAUUUGAUCUCUUCUUUCAGCCACUGUCUCGAAUCACAAGCUGAUUUAGCUGUUAAUUUUUUCUAAUAAACAAUUCUUAGAUGAAGAUGAGUGUGAUAGUUAUGAAAAAUUACGCUGAUUUACUAGCCAUGAGUGAGCUUACACAAAAGGACGGCAAAACCUUUUUUUUGUAACCAACGUGACAGGGCUAUUACUUGCAUGUUUUGUCGUGACCUUCAGUUAACAUCACUAUAUUUUGGUCUUUUACAAAAAGGUCUGCUUAUAAAAGGUGAAGUUUGGCGGAAUACUUUUUCAAACGUAAUUGUUGUCACGCUUGUCACACAAUGUUUGCCGUCUUCUUUCCUCUGCCGUAAUUGUGCGUAAGUUCACUAUUUUCACUAUUUUCAGCUCCGUGCUGCCAAAACAGCUGAGCCGCCGAGCCCCUCACAUUUUGUUGCGUCAAAAAUUUGUACGACUGACGUCAAACGUCCAAUAACUUGUCUAUUAUUGCGCGAGUGACGAAAUUAUUUAAAUGUGGUCAGCUUUAUCAUGUUACGUAGCAAUGGAUGAGGGAUUUAGUCAAACAAAAACUUAGAAAUGUUUUGAAUAAGCAACAAAUUUGGUCUCACCACACUGAUUUGAAAUUUCGCAAUGAAUAGGGCACUUCGGAGUUGCCCAAAACCUCGGUUUCAAAGCGAGUCUUAGUGCAAAGCCAUUCAUAUGAAAAUGAGUUUUUGUUCUCAUGCAAACUCAUUUUCACAAGAAAGGUUCGUUUCACAAAGCCUCGUUUUGGAAGUGCAAGUCUUUGGAACAGCCAUGUGAUAAAACAUGCCAUUAAAGAAAAAAACACAACAUAGUAAUUCUAAUUCAAAUAUUUUUUUUGUCUCAGAUAUUGCCUGGAUAAUCGUGAUGCCAUCACCAAAGAUUCACAACUCUCCUCUCUCCAAUCUUCGCAUGUUAAAUUCGAGACAUUGUCAACGUGCGUACAAAGAGACCACAGGCCGCUAGAAACACGCUCCACUCGAGCUGUAACCAAAGCUGCGAGAAAUGACACGAAGCAAAGUCUUAUGAAGCUUAGCGUACCUUUGAUGAGAACAAAAGCGGCGGGAAAAGGCAAAAGACCUGCUGCUGGGGAAAGGUAAGAAAAGUGUAUAUACAACAAAGUAGCUCCCCCGAGAAGUAGAGUCAAUGAAAAUGCAUUAUGCACAAUUGUAAAGGACUUUGCAGUCUGGGCCAAUUCUGACAAAGACAUUGAUUAAGACCGUCAAUCUCAGGGAAACGCUGAUCUUGUGUUGCACGUUUCCCAAAGACUACAGGAGGUAGAAUGGGUUGGGGGGCGGGGGGAAGGUUCGUCUGUUUUACUUUUGAGCAGACCCUUCUUUAACUCUUUCCUCAGUUUAGAGGGAAAAAAUCAUUUCUCGCUUAUUUAGUAAGAAACCAGGAAGGCCCUGCUCAUAAGGUAUCGCUGAUUGAGCCAGGUGACAUUUAAUAUUAAUUGCCUGACACAAUGCUCUUUUUGUGCGCAAGCGUGAUAAAUAGGCCAUUUCCGAGUUCACCCAGGCCUCUGUAUCAAAACGAGGUUAAGUGCGCAGUCUUUAAUAUGGAAAUGAAUUUUCAUCCUCAUGCAAAUAAAACUCAUUUUCACCAGAAAGGUUGUGCACUUGAUCUCAUUUUGAAAGUGAGGAUUUUGCGAACUCGGAAGUGGCCUAUUCAUGUUCGUGUUGGGAUUAAUAUUGCAGGAAAAAUCGCAGCGUUAGAAUCUGCUGCCUCUACAUCAACAAGCACAAUACUGAAAUACCAUUGUGUGCCGCCAUCUGCGACAUUGCUGGAAAAGUCAAAUUUUUCAUUCAUUUUUUACCACUUACCGGAAACGUUGCCCUUUGCUCGCUCGGUAACCACUGUGCCGUUGCAGCGUGUAAUCCCAUCGAGCAAAACAUGUUGGGCGCACUAUUACUAGCAAGGCUGCAAUCUGUAUCCGAGUCUUUACUCUUUAGUGGACGAGCUGUAUAUGAAGCCAUAUCUUAAUGACGUUAUGUUUGUCGUGAGUCACUGUUGAAAAGUAUAUAUCAAUUGCGUUUUUCCCCAAGGCCUAUCAAAAGAAAAUCACCAGUGGUAAGAAAACCAGCUGUCGCAGCAAAAAGGAAACGACAAGAGUCAUCUGCUGAAGGUCUGUCCAUAAAUUUGAUGUGUUUACGAUUUGUGUUCUUGCUUGUUUGGUUGCUUUGAUUUUAGCCUCUCUGACGGGCGAAUUGCUGUAUUUCCCUUUGCCUACAAACAUAUCUUGAAUGCCUAGACUCAACACGUAGCACGCGCAAGUAGCCAGCGAGAGAAGAGAACAUAAUGAGCAGUAAGAGUAAGCUUCCUUGCGCGUGUCUUCCUUUCUUGCACGCGUGCCUGUUACCCAGGCCUCUUACGGUCUAAGAACCGGAGAUGAAUAGAAGGAUUGUUUUCGUUGUGUGUGAUGUAUUUGGCCUGAUUUGGAUGAGGACUCUGCUGUAGCCUGCGUAGCAGGCGCCGGAUUCUUUUUAGGACGAAGGGAACAAUUUCUAGGGCGUGCGCGCACGGGAGGGUAGAAAAGGAGAAGAGGCUUCUCUCCUCCUCGCGUGUUCCCCUCGCGCGCUCUAUAACGACGAACCAAAAACUAACAGGCGCCUGCCACGCAGGCAAACUCCGCUGCGAAUAAUAUAUCGAUGUUUGAAGCUCAACUGGUAGAACAGCGACUUAUUUGUAAAUUGCUUCAAUUUUAGAAGCCAAACCUCACCAGAACACGCAAGAAGAUACGAAAAAAGAAACGCGAUCGGAAAGACACAAACGAGUGAGUACUUAUAGAACACUGUUAAAAAGUAUAAUUUCAUGUCCAGGAUUUUCCUGUCGAUUUUAGGCUAAAAAUAUCGUUGUGUCCAGUCUUCGAUUACAGAUAACAGUGUUAAGUAUUUCAGUUAAAUAAAACGUUUUAUGACCUUAGUUUUGCGUAUGCAUGCUUUUCUUUAUUUUCUAUAAGGAUUUAACGCCAUCUUAACUUCGAUUCAACAGCGCCUGCGUCAAGUUGUGCAGAAAACUCUCCAAGACAACGGGAUUGAUUCUAAUCACGCAUUCUACCAUCCCUGCACCGAGAGACUAUAUUCGCUCUGCAAGAGCUUUCUGAAGGUAAAGUUCCUUAAAAAUUUCCCCGGCCAGUUUUUACAACCAACCAACACUGACGUAUAUUGUUUUUUUACUACACAGUUGAUGCCAAGGCUUGUAAUUAACUUCUUUUUUUUUCAGGACCUUCGUUCCUCUCACGGCCUGAAUGAUGAAAUGAAGAGAUUAGCAUCAAGUAAUGUUCAACAGGUA